AUGGUGUCUCCGGCGAUUGCCCUGGCCUUCCUCCCCUUCAUUGUCACCCUGCUGAUCCGGUACCGGCACUACCUGAUGCUGCUGUACCGGGCAGUGCUGGUGCCCUGGCUGCGGGAUCGGCUCACUGGCACCUCGCGGGAGCAGCGUGCCUUCCAGUACCUGCUGACACAUGCCAUCCCUGGGGACCCCCACCACAUCCUCCAGACCUUCGAUCACUGGUGCUACCACUGUGAGCACCUCAGCUGUGUGGGGCCUGACAAAGGGCGGAUCGUGGAGCGGGUGCUGUCGGAGCAGGCACCACUGCGGGUGCUGGAGCUGGGCACAUACUGUGGCUAUGGCACCGUGCUGCUGGCACAGGGGCUGCCCCCAGGAGCCCGUCUCUACACCAUCGAGGGGGACCCCCAACACGCUGCCGUGGCCGAGAAGGUCAUCCGCCUGGCCGGCUUCAGCGAGCAGACGGUGAGCACCCGGCAGGGUGGUGGGUGGGCACCCUGACACCCUGCCCCAGUGACUGAGGGUGCUGCAGCACAGGUGGAGCUGAUUGUGGGCCCCUCGGAGGAGGUGAUACCCCGCCUGCGGGAGAAGCACGGCCUGAUGAAUGCCAACUUGGUCUUCAUGGAUCACUGGAAACGCUGCUACCUGCGGGACCUACAGUUGCUGGAGAGCCACCAGCUGCUGGCUGAGGGGGCCACCAUCCUGGCUGAUAAUGUCCUCUUCCCUGGGGCACCCCAUUUCCUGCAGUACGCCAAGACCUGCGGCAAAUACCACUGCAAGGUGCACCGCGCCAGGCUGGAGUACUUCCGUGGCAUUCCUGACGGUAUCGCUGAGCUCCGCUACACCAGUACCCACUGA